AUGUCAAAAAUUCUUCGCCUAUUUCCAAUUAUCGCUUCCUCCCGAGUUGCGAAUGAGGGUUCGAAAGGCCUAAAACGACGGUAUUACUCUCAAAGAGCCGGGGAUGCGCGCGUCAUUGUUCAUAAUCCUGUCGUUGAUUUGGACGGAGAUGAAAUGACUCGCAUUAUCUGGGCAAAGAUCAAGGAAAAAUUGAUUUUUCCCUACGUUAAACUUGACAUUAAAUACUAUGAUUUGGGAAUGGAAAAUCGUGAUGCCACGAAUGACCAAGUGACCGUGGAUGCGGCAGAAGCUAUUAAGAAGUAUAACGUUGGUAUAAAAUGUGCGACGAUCACUCCGGACGAACGAAGGGUCGAAGAAUUCAAUCUUAAGAAAAUGUGGAAAUCACCCAAUGGUACCAUUCGAAACAUUCUAAACGGAGUGAUUUUUCGCGAACCCAUUCUAUUGAAUAAUGUCCCGCGAAUUGUUCCUGGAUGGACCAAGCCCAUUGUCAUUGGUCGUCAUGCGUUUGGUGAUCAGUAUAAGGCCACAGACAUGAUUAUCGAUCGUCCGG